AUGAUGAUGGCAGAAUCAGGAAUUGAACUGCGACUGACUGAAAUUGAAGGUAUGUGAGAGAGAAAUAACGCACUACAAUUUGCAAUUACUGGAGAAAAAGAGAAAGGAAGAAAGAGCUUCAUCUUGAGGCAAUGUCACCUUCUGUUUUAUUCUUCAAAACUGACCCUUUUUCUCAAUGAAGUAAACGACUCAGGCUGAUCAAUUUUUACAAUUUGAUCUUUUUUUCAUGUAAAUCGAUUAAAUAUAUACCAGGUAUCGCAGUGAUUAUUGAUUCUUAAUUUCGGCCGGAUAAUGCAUUUCUAGCUUUCUCAUUGGUUCCCUGAAUCCCAGUUACUAGCCGUUAUACCUACUUUUGACCUUAUAUGGAAAUUCAAUCAAAAUAAGUGCGCCGUCCUCCCGCACCAAGUGUCAACCCGAGUAUUCUAACAUGACUCUAAGGUCUUCUCGUCAUUUUUCUAUAUUUGAUUUGGUUUUCUUUGUGCUCAAGUCUCUUCUGGGAAUUUCAAGACAAUGGAAUCGUGAAAAAUUAUAUUGGCAAUUUUGUCCCUAAAGCCUCGGAGUCAUGUUAGAAUUAAAAUAUAUCGAACGUUGGCCGUUACAGAGGAUGUUUUGUAAAUUUAAAUGAAAUUGCCAGAAAGCGAAGGUUGAGAAUUACAUAAACCAAUUAUUCUAUAGAGCGCGCGAGUUUACAUGACGUGACGUGAUGAAAGGUCGAUCCUGGAUGUCCCAAACCAGGCGCCCGUUUCUCGAAACACCCGAAAACUUUUCAGGCCGGAAGGCAAACAAGUUUUAAAAUGAAAACCAAGGCCGAUAAGCGCAAAUUCAGGAUUAAUAUUUUGUUCAGGUUUUGUAUUUUACCUUCCUAUGUAUUGCUCAGAGUAAUAUUUUGUGUUAUCAUUAGCGUAUCUGGGAGUGAAGGCUCAACGGUAUUUUGCAAGAUCGAGAUGCGUGUUCUUAGACAAUAAAACCUUGCUUAAAAUUUGGCUUAAUCCUGGGUUAAACCUAACCAUCUUUGAAUAGUAGCACAGUCCCUAGCCCAAAAACCAGUCAAAUUUGCUUCGUUACCUGAUAGUUUCAUUGUAAUAUUUUCAAAAUAAUUGAAACUUUGAUCCUGAAUGCAAACACAACAAAGACAAAACAGCUUUUCAGGCCGGCCGAAAAGUCACCGGGACCUUCGAGAAACAGUUCCCACUCUUAUGGGAGUUAGACUAUUUUCUUGUGUAAACACUUUUUUCUUUUCCAAAGAAUUUGCAUAGAUGCUGGCCACUUGAGUGAAAACGCUCGAAGGAUAAGAGAUUGGUUGUAGCCAACUCGGCGCUUUACACCUUGUUGGUUAUUUGCUACCUCGUAUCCAACGCGGGCUUGUGGUAGGAACGUUAUUCGGUUGACAAUAUAUUAUAUUGAUCAUUGCCUUUUUACCCCAAUUUAACUCAGAUUUUGAGGAAUCUUUAAGAGAUGUAUUAAAACAAGAGGACUUUACAAAAAUCAACGAAAAGAUAAGAGCCAAAGCACUGACACAAUGUAAGAAGAACUGUUUGUUUAUGUCAAUGGAGGUGAGUUUAUCGAUAUAGAGUAUUUUCACAUGACGUAACGGCGGCCAUAUUGGUGUCCCAAGACAAUGAGACCCCUUUUAUGCUCUCUGGCCUCGGCCUCUCUGACUUGUGAAAAAGUCUAUCUUAGUAGUAACCUCUUCCUCAGGUUUUUGUUUUGUUGUUGUUGUUGUUCUUGUUGUUUCUUUCGUCUCUCACCAAGAUAGAGAUAACACAAGACGCUCAGAGAUUAAAAACAAACUGAUUUAAAGCGCUGAAGUAACAUAUAUAACGUUUUCAGCAAAGAAAUCAUCACUUUAAGAAGUAUUUUUCAUCGCUAGACAAACCGUUCAAAAAAUCUUGAAUUUCGUUGAACAAACGUGUGCCAAAAUGGCGUACAAUUUCCAAACUACCUUCAAGGCAAAGGGAAUUAUUAGUAACGAGUCAUUAUUAACGAGUUUGAGAACGUUUAUGCAGUCGACCGCUUCAAUUUGAAUCAAAAUGAACCCUUGACGAAACACUGUAUGCACUCUACGUUAAAAGACCCGUAUGAUAGAACUGCGAGAAAGUAUACUUGCUUGUUUGUUUGCUUAGUUUGUUUGUUUACACCGCCUACCUGCUUUUUUUUCCAAGGUGAGCUAUGAACUUCGUCGUUUAGCAAGUAGAAAGCUACCAAAUGUAGAUGACGUAGCCAAUAUGGCGUCUUCAGUUGAAGAGUUCACCAACCGUCUGAUCGAUCCUCUGAAGUCUGAUAUCAACCUCGGGCUCCGUGCGCGUUUCGAAAGUUGUUUUGAUGAUGUGAUGGAGAAUGCUAUAGCAUUUGAGCAAAAAAAGGUGCGUACUGAAGCAAGGUUUUUUAAUAUAUAUUCCACUAAAUACCUCACCGCGAGGUGGUGUAGAAUUGGAUGAGUUACAAUCUUAAUGUAUAGCGAAUCUUUGGUUCUUGGAAGCCUGAUCAUCUCUUUCGAUCUGUUGUGCUAUCUAUUUACACGAAACUCCUCCAUUGUGAUUUAUCUUUGACCUUUUGAUUCCCGGCUCUUCGUUGGAUCGAAUCCAUCAUAAUCAGACAUGUAGGAGUAAUUUAAAGCAAAAAGUUGCGGGUUUUUGCUGUUAUAGUGGCUCUGACCAAGUGCUAGGGUGCGAAACACCAGCUUUUGAAUAUGAUUAUGGUAAAUUGGCAUCAACUCUGCUCAGAUUAAUCGUAAUUGGCUCUUCGCCUUUGGGGAACGUGAUGGUAAUGAUAAUGAUGAUUAGUAUUACUGCUCCCGCAGGGAUUUCGCCUAGAAGGCGAAUUCCCGAGGAGGCACUCUGACUAGUAGUUUGCGCGUAUAUUAACACGAGUUCACAAAUCUUUGAUUGGAAACGCGUGAACGUGAAUUGAUCAAACCUUUGAAUUUCUAAGGCUUACUUUCCGGCAAAUAAAAUGAACUGUAUGUAAAAAGUAAAAAGAAAUAGCGAAAACUGGGGAUUCCAACUUCUAAUUAAAUCUUUUCUUAUGGCUUACAGUAAACUAUUCUCUUUGAUCAAAGCUGUGUAAAUUGAACUGAAUCAGUGCAUGGAACGUUUCCUGUUUUCUCUCACCUAUUGUAUGGAAUAUGUGUGAAAAUCUUCAUUAUAAAUCGAUAUAUUUCAAAGAGCUACUGAACGACUAAGAAUACUAUUGACCGACAAUAUACAGCGCGGGGGCAGCUGUAGUGUCAAGUGCCGUGCAAGGACUAGACAUUAAAAGUUGUUUUUAACGACUUUUUGCAGUUUUAUCCAUCCAGUCAUUGAUAAUAUGAAAAACAACAGAUGGUAUGGUGAUAUUGGUAAGAUCUGGACUUAUUCUUAUUUCACUGUUGCCCGAUGGAUAUGGAUAUUUCUUGACGUCUGGUGCUUGUUUGACUUGGUGUUAUUUCAGUUGUUUUCACUGUGCUAUUUAUUGUUCAUAUUGCAAGAGGAAGAAGCUCACAUCUCGCCGGUGAGUUUUCUUUUAAUUUUUCCCUGUUAGCGUUAAGGCUCUUCAUAGAUCACAUAAAAUAAUUAAAGCAUGAUUUUCUUGUCCUGCAAACUUGGUUACCGAGAAUUACAUGUAGCUGUGGGUUUUGCGGGUUCUUGAGGAUUUAUGGAGAUUAGUUGUUAUGUACUGGGGUCUGAAUUUGCGAUCAGAACACAGCGCUAAGACGACAACAACAUCUGUAAAUUUAAUGAAACGAUCAAGAUGAAUCCACUCUUAAAUUCAACUUUUGCUAUGGCGUCAUCACUUCAACAAGGUCAUUCAAGGGGAACUAAGGGCUGGGUAACGAGUUCAAGUCUCAAUUGUUCAAAAGGUGAAUAAGCUAGAUGCGCUAUCCACCUCUACCCAGUGUAUAAUGCAACUGGUUUCCGGUUCCCUAAAACUUUAGUGACAGUUUAUCAGGCCCGUAGUUGUUCAAAAGCUGGAUAGCGCUAUCCAUCGGAUAAAUCACUACCAAGUGGAUAAAUAUUAGGGAAACCAAUUGCCCUAUCCAGUGGAUCGAGAUUUAUCGGGCCCCGGUCGUUCAAACGUUGGAUAGAGCUAUCCAUCGGAUAAAUCACUAUCCAGCGGAUAAGUAUUAGGAAAACCGAUUGCACCAUCCACUGAAGAGAUAUUUAUCCACUGGGUACCGCUAUCCAACGUUUGAACAACCGGGGCCUGGUGGAUAGCGCUAACCACCUUUUGAAAACUGGGACCUGGGCCCGGUUGUUGAAAAGAUGGAUAACACUAUCCACUGGAUAAAUCACUAGCCAGUGGAUAAUUAGUAUUUGGAAAGCCAAUUGCACUAUCCAGUGUGGACAGUGAUUUAUCCUGUGGAUAGCGCUAUUUAUCACCUUUUGAAAACUGUGACCUGGCCCCAGUUCUUCAAAAGUUGGAUAGCGCUAUCCAACGGAUAAAUCACUAUCCCACGGAUAACUGUAAGGGAAACCAAUUGCGCUAUCCAGUGGAUAGUGAUUUAUCCAACACCGCGGCAAAACGUCUACGCAUGCGCCAGGUUAAGCAUUUCCGGUCUCUUUUUCAGUCACACUUUCCGGUCAGAUCAAAGUCUCCCGCGCGCGCUCGGCUUGAUUCUGUGUGCAGCUUGUGGUUCAGUUGUUCUGCUUCAUGCUGCUCGUGUUUUUGACUAUUUUGUAGUUAUUGAAAUUGCUUUUAUGGAUAACCAGGCACAGAUCACUGAAACAAUUAGUCGUAUAGAUUCAGAAAAGGUAAGAUGAUUACUGAUAACUCAGUGUGAAAGUUUGGCUAGAGCGUCAGGUAAACUGAUUUUCAUUCACGAAAACAAAGUUUUUGACUGUUAUUUUUCACUUAACCUGGCUGAAACUAAGACAUAAAAAGUUAUCAUUGCAAGCUUGUAUAUUGUAGUUCUAAUUUUCAGUUCUUCAGUUUCUCAGUCUUCAUGUGUUAAAGCCGAUUCGAGCUUCAUUUGGAAAACGACAACACACAAUCGCUUUGUAGUUUUAUUUACCAGUGAGUUACCGUGUUUUGAAACGAAACUCUUCUGAGUUGAUUGCCAUGAAACAAGCUUAAUUAUACUGUUGAGGUUGGCAGCAAGUUGACAACUCUAUUAAUUUUUUUCAUUCUCAGAAUCAGAGAGCGAAAGCUGGUUCGAUGGCUUUUAGAAGUCGAACUUUUCAUGCCAUGUAUUUAGCAGCUGGAAGUUUCGUGUUUGCAUGAGAUGCAGCCGAGCCGCACAGUCUGAAAUUCUUCAACCAAAGAACAACCGUGUAAAAGAAUUAAAUAGGCAUUUUCUUGAAUGAAAGUCAUUUAUAGGCAUGUUUAGUUUCCCGGCACUGAAAACUCCGGGUGUUUGUGAAUGCAGUCAUGAAAGUCGAAGUUGUUAUUAAAUCCCGCCCAUCUCUUGUUUUGAGGUCUUGUUUUCUCCGAUAAUAAAAAAAUUAUUAAACGGACUAAAAUUUUAUUUCCUGGUUUUAGUGUUAAUGAUAAUGAUGACGUCUUUAUUUUGGUUUCUUUCAUACGCAUUGUUACUCUUUUCUUAGUUGUCGCCUUCUCCCAUAACUUCUGCCAAACCAGUAGCAUGCAAGAAAGCCAGUAAACACAAAUUCGUGGUGUCGAGCGCUCGCGACCUGCAAACUUCAAACAUCAUUUUCACCUUUGGUGCAAACAGAUAACCAUGUGGUGCAAAGGUUUGACGCUAGAAAAAUAUAUAAGCUUUCGAAUGAAGUGAUUUUUUUCGCCCCCUUUUUUGUCUGUUACUCCCUUUUUGCUUUUAAACUUGGUGCGACGGCAAUGUUAUGCUUACGCAAUUGGUUUAUAUACUAGACCGGAAAUAAAAAGCUGACCGGAUGUUAAAUUUUGUGCUCAUGCGCAGUGCGUUUUGCCGCGGUGUUGAUUUAUCCAAUGGAUUUUCCAAUGGAUAGCGUUAUCUACCUUUUGAACAACUGGGGUCCUGGUGGAUAGUGCUAUCCAACGUUUGAACAACUGGAGUCAUAAGGAUACAUGUAUGAUGCGAAAAGGAGUCAAAAGGUCUUACCCUGUUUUUUGUUUGUUUGUUUGCUGUUGUUUUCUACUUUGAAUGUUUUAGAACCAAGGCAAAAGGAUUUGUAUGGUAAGAUGCAUUUCUCAAUAUAUGUAAGUUCUAGCCGACUAUAUAGUUUUGCCGAUUCUUUAGUUGUGAUGGAGAGAAGAAAAUUAAAGCCCACUUGAGGUGUAAAUGAAGAGCCUUUCGCUUUUGAAUACAUUGGAACCUCUAUUCAGGAGUCACCUUUGGGACCAAGGAAAGUGUCCCCUGAAUGGAGGCUGGGCUGGGAUCUGUUAAUAAUUAACCAACAAAGAAAAUAUUUUUAAUAGAGCCCAAAGAGGCGUCUGCUCCCGCAGGCCAGGGAAUCUUCAGCAGUCGUUAUUUCAAGCAGCUAGAUAAUGUAUAAAUUGUUGAAUUCUCACAACUGCAGUUCAUUGAUUUAAGUGAGUUAAUUUAUGUUUUGAAAGCUGUCGCCAUUGUGACUAGUGAACACUUAACUUAUCAAUGAUUCAGUGGUCAGUCACUUUUUGAUUGUCAAGGUGUCCCCUGAAUGGCGAUUAAACCGAAGUUGAGGGACCCAGAAAAAGUGUCCCUUUCCUUUGAAUAGACGGUGUCCCUUCAGUAGAGGUUACAAACAUAAAGAUUAUGUACUGUGAACAUUUUUCCAGGACCAAAUUUUGUGUCCCCUGAACGGAGGUGUCCCUCUGAUAGCGGUGUCCCAAAGGAGAUUCGGUUCCACUGUAUGUAGUGCGAAAUGCCAGAAAUACUUUUGUAACACUGUUAUGAACUAAUUGGUCAAAUUUGAGGCCAGUUUCUCCACAUUUACCUCACGUUAAAUUUAACUGAAGAAACAACAAAUUAAUACAUUACAGGGAGACACCUUAAUAUUAGUAUUUGUUUUUUUUUUUCAGAGAAUUAUCGCGAUUACUUUACAACACCUUACUUCAUCUUCAUCCGGGACACUUUGAGCUAUCUGGCGUUACUAGGACUCCAUUUCGCCGUCUGUCUGAGCCCAAGCAGUAUCGAGAUGACUGGCCUAGAGUGGGCCAUCAUGGUCUUUUUUAUGGGUCGAACCUUACUGGAGAUUCAACAGUUACGUGCCAUAUACAUAGACAUGAAACGGUACAAACAACGCGAGUUGAAGAUGAAUCAAAGACUGAAAGAAAGUUUUCAGGUUUACACCAGGUAAGUAAUUUCAAACGGCGCUGGAAAAGAAAGACUUUUAAUCUGCACAGUUUUGUUGCAUGGUCGAGAGUUAUCUUCAAGUUCCCACUAGCAGAGUUUUCAUUUUCUUUUGCAAUUUACAAAAGAGACUGCCAGUCUGAAUCAAAUGUUGUUUGCAUGAUCUAAACAUUUGCCGUUCAUGAUAGUAGACGAAACAAAUUAGUUUCUUCGUUCUACUACCCAUGAGGGCACAAAAAAAACAAAUCGAUGGCGCCAGAAGCAAAUCACUCACAACAAGUAAAGCUACAGCAAAAGGGGCAACAAAGACGUGUAACCUGCUUUGCAGCAUUGCUGCAGAUCGUGUUGAAAAGCGAUGAUAUGUUGCGAGUUUUACCACCCACGUUCAAAUCUGUUUUGCAAUAAAGGUUGCUGCGAGUUGCUUGAAAACUGACUUCUGAUUGGAUAAAAUAAAGCGGGAGUCAUGCCAUACACGGGAUUUACGUCACCUGCAGCAAGACAAGUUUGCCUUGGGCUGGUAAAAUUUUUUGCAAGACAGGUUUAAACGUUGGUGGUAAAACGCACAACAUCUCUUCUGAACGACACUUUCACUCGUUAAAAAAGGAAUAUUGUUUCUUCUUGUUGCUCAAGAUUUAUUUUCUUUGCGCUUGUAAACGUAAGCCCACUUAUGAAAUCACACUUUUCAAACGCAAACUACUCACAUUAAAACUAAUUCCUCACAGCAAAAACAAAUUACUUACAUAAAAACAAAUAACUCUCAAUUAAAAAACCAUGAAAAGUAAAUCACUCACAACAAAUUGAAACCGAUCACCGUGAGCAAAACCAAAUCUAUCAUAGCAAACUAAAUUGACUGAUCACAGGCUUAAUAUCUUCAGUUUGUAUCGAUGGACGCUCAAGUUAAAACCAGGGUUAAACUGCAUACAUGGAUAGCUUUUUCACCAAUGCAAUAUUUCUUACCAGUUUUUUAUCAGAUCAAACCAAGUUUAUACUGAUAGACCACCGAAGCAUACCAGUUUUCCUUUACCUGUGCGACGCGCCAGGGAGGUUCAAAAUCUAGAAGUUUAAAUUAAUGAUUAGAAGUCUUUUCCUUCAUAUGCAACUCCAACCUCAAAGCUCUGGGUGGCCACAGUAUGCGAGAAAGUUAUGCGAAUAGUUCAGUAGGGUAGGCGGGGACCUCGUGUUGCUUGUUCACACUCUGUAAUUCUAAUUUUUUUACGGCCGGCUGGUCCUGGUUUUUGAAAUACAGUCCGUAGUCCUCAUAUCCAAAAGCUGGGAUUCCUUUUUCAGGGGAAGAAGAUGCAAAAAUUUUUGUCGGAAAAACUAAGGUCGAUAAGGAAAUAAAUCUUGAGAAAUAAAAAGAUAUUUCCUUUUUAAAGAGUCAUGUUAUGUUCUGGGUGACCUAUCUGGCGUUGUCUUGUGAUGUUUCUUCAGAGAUAAUUAUGUUGCAUGAUUUUAAGACAAGUUGGGACUUAAAGAAAAAUCAAAACGAGCAGAUUCAGUCUAUUGACAAAUAGCAAGUAACCAGCAACCCAACCUCGUUCCAAGGCUUCCCUCCUACUCGGUCCCGGAAAUAGAAAGCAACGCUAUCUUUUUAGUUGAUGCACUAUAACUUCAAAGGAACUCAUUAAUUUACCUUUUUUUCAAUCCUCACAACAGGAGUAGCUGGAACUGUUUGGACCUCGUCACUCUUAUCGUGUACGGAUGCGCAUUUUUCCUUAAGAUUGCCAUAUGGUCGUCACCUACUACGACAGUGGUGAACAAUCGACCUCUCAUUGUUAGUGGUUACCUUUACGGCCUCAAUACAAUGAUUCUUACCUUCAGAGUAUUUGGACAGGUGAUGGAGACAGUCAAAGGACUUGGAACUAUUCAAAUAGCUUUGUUCAGCAUCAUCAGUGACGUUGCCACAAUAUUUUGGCAGUUUGCAGCAGCAAUAUUGGCAUUUUCAUUCGCCAUAACUAAAGUUUACAUGACGGAAAUUUCUUUUAUUCGGACGAGAUUUAAUGGGACAGACGCGUAAGUAUGUUUUUGAAACCUUAAACAUUUAUAUCCUUCGUCUGACAAUAAAGAAAUUGUAUUAUUCGGUAAUAAUCCACUUACCUCAUCGUUUUAUUUUCAGGGUCUGCAAAACUUCUGGACAAUCUUGGUAAGUUGCUUUCCUUCCCUAUCAAAUAAAUUGUGUAUUCUAAAGUAGUUAUUUUGGCCUCUUUUUUGCGAGAUAAAUCUUCGGACAAAACAGUCAUCGGCUGCGAGGAGUGAACAGGAAAUUUUGAAUUUAUGUAACAAGGUAACGAAUUAUUUGAAGAAUGUUUAUAUAACGUUUUGGGCAAAAACUUUGCAGAGACGAGAAGUUACAGAAGUUAAUAGAAUUAACUAACCGCUUUGGACAGGGGAGUUAGAAAACCUGUUCAUACUGAUCAAGUUUCAAACCAAAAUAAGGUUUCUUUAAAAAGUAUGUCUGGCGAAAAUUCAAAUCUUUUUUGUUCCUUACGCAUUUCAGUUGGUGGUUGACAGCAAAACACCUUUGUUGGUCCCUACUUGGAAUGGCGGAAGUAGAUUCAUUGAACUCAGUUGACGAGGCAACAGUGACACUAUGUAAAGUCUUAUAUGCGAUAUAUCUGGUCGUGGCUGGUGUUCUACUUAUGAACAUGAUGAUUGCCCUGUUAUCAAACACUUACCAAAGAGUAGAGGUAAGUAUAAACCAUUAUUAACCGUCAGUAGACCCAGUCAAAAUUCACGGACGAAUACAAAAUUUCGUUUUAAAAAAAUGCUGAAAAACAUACAGAACCAUGCAACAGUGUAACAGUACUGCUGAAGAGGUUUAAUUUGAAUGGCAACACCAUAGGAUCUCUUCAGCACACUCAGAAGUUAGAGCUACAAACAAAUUAAAUAGUUCUAUGUGAAAAGUAUACUGCUGAAUGGUCACACCAUAGGAAUUGGUCAUAGGCUUGAAAAUUAAAACCGCCUUUUAGCGUAAUAAGCUUCUAUUUGAAUUGUUGCCUCGAAGGGCUUUGGCCAGAGACACAAAUGUAGAGAUAUAUUCCGGCGCGUGUCUUCAUAUUUUAACCCUUCAAGUCCCAAGAGGGACAAACAACAAUUUUUCGGAUCAAUUUAGGUUUCUGAGAAACUGCCCUCCUACCCCUCCCCUAACCCAUCAUUUUGCCCAAAGUGAGAAUUAAGUGUUAAUGUUAGCUUAGGGGAGGGGUAGGUGGGCAGUUUCCCUGAAACCUAAAUUGAUCCCAAUUUUCUCCUUACAAUGAUGAUACAUCAAUAAGAGAAAAGGUUAUGAGAAUGAAUAAAAUGAUCACCAAAGGGAAAAUGCUUUGAUCAUGUUUUGAAUUCUUUCAACCAGUUCUUUAGGGAAAUGCAUGGAGAUCAGUCUGGAGAAUUUGCAUACUGAUAUUGGGGCGUUAAGGGUUAAUGCUAUAAGGGGGUGAGGUUUUAAGGAAACUGAGGUGUUGCCUCUGUGGGGGAAUAAAACAUCAAACGAGUUAUCAAAGCGUUUAUGUAACAUCGUUUUUCAGUUCUCACAAUUGCGUGACUGAGCUCUUGUGACAAUUCUAAGUCUGCCUAUUAAAUAUAAAACUGUUUUUUUUUUAUUUUCCAGGAAAACUCUCUAAAGGAGUGGUCUUUCAAGAAAGCCAUUACAGUUCAAACAUACACUUACUUGCACCCAGUUCCUGUACCGCUCAACAUUAUAAGCAGUAUUGUUAUGGGCGUGGUCUGCCUGUGCAAAAAACGUAUUGGAAGGUGCCCCUGUGCGCGCGAAUGCCGUGGUUUCUUAACUCCCGAAGACGAUCAGCCCAGAGUAAGUGUAAUUUCAAACCCGUUUCAAACCCUUCGCGUUUUCCUUUUCUCUUUAUUUUCAAUCUCUCAAGUCGUUUAAAAUGAAAGAAUUACAACUAAGAAUUUCCACGUUCUAUACUUCAAAUCUCCGAACAUUUUCUAUCAUACUGUAUAUACUCGUCCACAGUCCAUAAGGUGUAGUAAAUUAUUGCUAAUCCAAGCAGUAUAUGUGCAGGGUUCUUGAAACACCAUGACUACCAUAGUUCAGUGGCUACAGCACGGAGAUCAUUUGUUCGAAUUCCCGCACGCCGUUGCAGCAUUUUCAAUGCAGACUCCUGUUAAGAAGUAACUUGAGUGUCAGGCCUUCCUAAGACACUGAGGGAGAGGAGAUUUUUCGCUUCUCUCCUCCCCCUUUCCCCCCAGAAACGCCUAAUUCUCAUGCUAGUCAGGACGUUGUUAAGAUCUUCGGUCUCCAUAGUCUUCUACGCAGCUGUUGUUUUCUGGUGACCAAACGCGCCACCUCAAAGGAGAAAGUAUAAAAGUAAAAGUCCUCCUUUGGGGAGGGACGUUGGGUGACGAAAGUCACCCAAAAGCCUGCAUGGGAGACAAGUGUCCCCAGUCUACUAGCGCCGGCGGUUUGCUGUAACUUGAGAACACAGCCGACAUUUCGCAACGCCACCAUUAGUUUCCUUUCGAAGUGACGUCUGAGGGCUAGCACAGAAAUUCACAGGCCCAGAACCGGGUACUGCUUCUUAUUUGUCCUGCCACGAGGGAAUUUACUUCAGCCAAUCAGAAGCACUACAUAGAUCCGGGUAGUGGCACGUCAUCGGUGUGAAAGUUCUGCAGCCGUUCCUCGGUCGUCAUUUCAUAGGGUAACCUGAGUGGUUGCGUCGCGAAAUGUCGGACUAGGUUUGCUGCAGCCACUCGGUUCAGUUUGACGUUAUAUUAUAUUUGUUUCAGGAUCGACUUGAUGUCAUCGUUGAAGAUCUCCAAAACACUUACUUCACAACUUAUGGAGACGCAUUCCCAGGAACGGGUUUGUGUUAAUAUCCUUAUGCCAUAUCUAUGUUCUGAAUUUAGUCACUUUUAAAAUCAACAAUAGUAAAAUCUCCUGCGUUGUAAUUGUGCUGAGAACCCUUUAAUAACCACAGAACAAUGCUGGUAUGCUCCCUAAAAAGAGAACAUUAACAAAUUAAGAAGGUUUGUUGGCUUUAAAGUAGUUGACGUUGUGAAAUAUUUUAGUGAAAAGUGUAUCGAGAGAGACGUUUACCCGGCAUGACAGUCAAAAGAGGUUGAAUCUGGCCUGACCUGCUUUCACUGUGCUUUGAACCCGUUAUUUCAUUCCCUGGAAUAUUUUUUAAAGGUACCAUAUGCUAUGAAAAAUACAUUAUUUUGGGAAGCAAAAGGUGAUGGCGGGAAAUUUCAUGUCCAUUAAUUAUGAAGAAAAAUUGCCAUCAGAGAGCCAGGGGUAGCUAAUUGAGAAGAGAAGCGGGGUUGAAAUCAUUGCCAGCAAAAUUCACGAGAUGACUAGAGAGUCCCUAUAACUUUCUCUUACCGAACUGGCUGGUGUGGAAAUAAAAUUUACACUUGGGGUUUUCCGGUUCUUCGUGUAAACGUUUCCUGCGAAGAUUUCGCUCGUGGGUGUUUCAUCCCAGUUAGCUGUCCCUGGUUCAACGAAGAUGCGCCUAGCGCAUGUUCAGAACGGUUGCAAAAUAUAACUCUUGACUAGAAUAGGCAGUUCCCGCUAAAGUGCGUGAUUAAAGGUACAAAAUCUAGCCUUUUUAUGAAAUUGCCUAUGCAAGCCUCGACCUUAAUUCAUUCUGUUUCUGAAUAUGGGAAAACUUGCCCGAUUUUGGCAAACUCGAGAAAGACAUGCAUGAAUCGAGUAAGAUCUUUGUUGAGCUUGUCUUGCCUGUUGCUAGCAUACAAUUUUCAACCCAGGCUUAAUAGCUGUGAGCAUGGCACAUCGGGCUUAAGUUAGUUAUGACCAUCGAUAAAUCAAUAAACGGAUGCUCGCACUCGGAAAACCAAGUUUUUCUCCACUGAAGAAGACGAAAGGAGACUCUGCAAGCAGGGUAGAAAACUAUCAACAAGUGUGGUUUAUAUAAAGAGUGCAUAAAAAUGACGGCUCCUCUGUUAAUAGCACGCGCCACAGACGAAACUAAACUCUGUUAAAGUCCGUCAGCGAAACAGCGCCGAAAUUCUUGUUCUAUUACGCGCCAUGAUUGGCCUGUUAAAAAAGCCACCGUCAGUUUGCCAAUCAGAUUAAAAGAAAUUCGAAACGCACUUCCGGUAAUUCGUUGAGUCAGUUGGGGGCCCAAAACAAGAAUCUCCGCGGCGCUUCUUCGCAGACGUUACUUCCCUGGGUUAAAUUACGUCUGCGACGCAGGCUGCUCUGUUAACAACUCCGCUAAUAUUUGUUGAAUGCAGAAGAAAGAAAGUUGGAAAAACCGCUGGAUGAAGCAGAGGGAAAUGGAGAAAUUACCGAUCAAAUUGCAAAUCAAGCAUUGGCGAGUAAGGUAACUGUAGGUUUUAUUGUAGUGUGGACGCAUGACGAACUCGGUCUCACUGAUUACUCUGUUUAGUUAAGGGUUGGGAGCGGCUGUAGAAUUAGCAGCCACAAAGUACUGUGUCGUUACGAUAUUCAAUGGUAACGAGUUUUCACAGACGCCUUUUUCUAGCGUGCGUCUGACAGUUCCCCCUGGAGGUUUGACAGGUCAACUGAUCAAGGAAAUUCAACUUUGCAAGACACCAACAUGGCACCCAAAAAAGUAGGAGUAUAGCGCUGGGCUGCUGUUUCCAUUAACUGGAGCUCGCAGCGCCGUAUACAGCUAUUCCGAGAAAGGUUGUCGGAAAAAAUGUGCGCGCGACAAUCCCGAAAGGUAAAAUGGGAUGUGAUCAAUACACUGUUCCUGACGCUGUAGCUGUCGAACAUAAUUUUGUUGCUUUCCUUUAGCACUCACAAACAUUCGUCCAGGGGCUUUCGUGACAUUCUUUCAAACUUCUUUGAAGAACAGUAAACUCAAAACCACCCACAAUACCUUUCAGGAUUGUUGCGUGCACUUUUUCCGACAACCUUUCUGAAAUAGCUGUUAAUUUGUAAAAUAAUUUAAUAGUACUCGCACGAAUCUCUCGGAUGUUCACCAUGUUUGUACCUAGGACGCACAGAAACAAACCUUGGACAGUAACUUGCCCCCAAAAAAGAAACUUAAAACCAUACACAGCAUAUCGAGCAUCACAUACAUCAGACCUACGGUCUCAAAAAAUUGCGUUAGGUAAUUGCACUCAUGUUGGUAAGGGGUGGGCUGCCCGGCGGGCUGUAAAACCAUAACCCAGCUCAUACUACACUGGUUGAUCUAUCUCGCUGUAUUUGGACUUUUUUUUACAGCCAUACAUGUAUCUGUCCUUUUUUCCGCAGACAAGUCGGGCUGGCAAUGGGGACGUUCCUGUGCAGCAAGAUCUGGACAGUGAAGACGUUGUAUUGAGUGAAACAAUUAGCUGCAAAACAACAUCAGCAGCUGAAGCAAGUGAUAGCGAUAAAGAAGCUAUUCGUACUGAACUAGACGAUGCUUUCGCAUCUUUUCGACGACUGAGGAAUAAUUUCUUAGUAAACUUUAGAAACUUUGAAGAUUUGUUUCAUGACAGACAGAGAGAAUUAGCAAAGCUAGCCAGUAAAAGUGGUAAAGACGAGAGCGAAGUCAUCCUUCGUAACCUAGACAAACAAGAACUUGAGUGCUCUAACAUGGUGAAAAAAAUGAAGCAAGAUUUAGACAAACUUGGCGAAAUUUCAAAUGAGAAAUCUAAGGUACAUGGUCUUCUUGAAAAGCAAGUCAAAGGAGAAGAGAUAUUAUAA